CCCAAUUUUCUGGAAUAAGAUGAGCCUUCCCUUCAUCUCCUUUCACUUUAUUAAGGCACAAUGUCCAUCUUUACCUCAAUAGCUUCCUCAAAUCCCCUGCAAAAUGCCUUCUUUCAGAGCCUCCCGACUGUACACAUUAGUACGAAAAGGAGAAAACGACCCUUAAUUGAAAUGAAAAAAUCAAUGGAUGAGUUGGUUCCAAUUUAUUCAACCAGACGAGCUUUCAAUGUAUCCAUUUUGACUGUAAUACUGUCGAUACCUUUCUCGAGCUUCGCUAUGGCCAUUGAUGAAGUGUUAGAGCUCGAAAGAUAUACGGAUUCAGCACAAGGUUUCACUCUCCUCAAACCAUCUUCAUGGAUUAAGGUUGAUAAAGCAGGGGCAACUGUACUGUUUCAGGAUGCAAACAAGGGAUCCAACAAUGUAGGUGUUGUUGUUAUCCCCGUGAAAAUAACAACCCUUAGCCAAUUCGGAACUCCACAAUUUGUGGCAGAUAAACUAAUUCUGGCUGAAAAGCGCAAGGAAAGUACAAAGGAGGCUGAGGUGGUUUCAGUAUCAGAGAGAACAGGAGAAGGAGGUCUUCAAGUGUACGAGUUUGAGUACAAGGUUGAUAGCACGAGGGGAGGGUUGAAGAGGAUACUUUCUGCUGCAUUUGUGGCGUCUGGGAAGCUCUAUCUGUUAAACAUUGCUCACUCUGAUGGAUUAGAAAGUCCUAUUAAUCCGGAUAAAAGAAAUACUUUGGAACAGAUUCUACAUUCCUUUGAUAUUGCUCCUUCAACUUAAAUCAACAUGAGCUCAUUUUUUCCCUUCGCAUUGGGCUUCGUUCCUGCAUACCUUCUGCUGGGAUCAAAACCGAAGGUAUGCCCCAGGUUUUUUUCUUUGGGGUCCUGUGUUGUAAUUCUUCUACUUAAUAGUACUAACCUGUUUAUCUUUGAUACGAGCCUCACAUUUGUCUUGAUGUGUAGCUGUGUGUGCGUGUAUGAUGAGAAGAGUCUCAACUGGAUACUUACUUUUCUAUAUUAAGGUCCAUUUUAUUCUAGUA